GAGAUGAAUGGGAGAUGACAGACGGACACAGGGGCAUACUCUUGCUUCUCUCGCUUUUGCUGUAGCGUACAUUACUAAAGCUGCAGUCAUAACGAUGCAAGAGGAAAUGACGAGAGCAGGGAGGAUGGUGGAGGCAGGCGGGCAGGGCGGGGCUGCUGAGUGAAAGCAGCGGGAGGCAGGAGAGUGAGGAAGCGGCUAAACAGACAACCAAGAAACCGAGGGAGGAGGAGGGAGAGAGACAGUAUAUCCACAGGACGUGAGUGCCGGCAGCAGAGGAGGGAGGGGGGCUUCCAGACUGGAUGGGCCCAGCGAUGCCUUGAUGGAGUAUGGGCCAGGUUUUAGGAUUCUCCCACUGCCAGGAAUAUGGCUCUGUGGCGUCCACUCCAGACUCGACGCCUCCAUGCACCGAUGGCGGAAAUGAGGAGUCCGAGAUGUGCGAGCUGCAAACGGCCAGGGAGUGGUCUGACGAUGAGGAUGGGGGAGAUGGAGAUCCAGAUGAUGACGAGGGGCUGGCUUCAUCCCUGUCCAUCUGGGGCACGCCGCACCAGAACACCUUAGAGCUGACUUUCUCUUACAUCGCCAUCGCUGAGGCCGAAGCGGUGGGAGCCUCGCGACACCUCCGUGACCGACGCAGGGGCAGCUCUCGGGGGAUUCGCACUCCUUUGAUCCGCACGGACACCCUGGAAGCAUUGCUGGACUCCCCAGAGUCUGACGUAGACUGGGACCCUCACGCCUUCCUCAGUCGAGAGGAAGAAGAGGAAGCAUCAGAAAGGAGAGCGCAGGAGAGGGUGGAGGCGAGUGCAGCCGUGAGGAGGGAGCAGCACAGGCAACCUGAGACUAUUACAAAUCAGCCCUCUCUCCAAAAUCCAGACCCAGAAACUCAGGGGAGAGACGCAGAAAUCCAAAGAGAGGAGCCUCCGAGCAGUCUGACCCAGACUGCCCAGCGUCCCUCUGCGUCUUUGUCUUCCCAGCAUCAGAGCCCAUUGCAGAUAUUUCAGGCAGCAGCAGUCUCGCAGACCCCUGAGCCAGAAUCCCCCGUCACCAGGGAAACCAUUUCAGUCAAGCUGCUCACAUCUGUGCGACCCAGAGGCCCGGCAUCCUCGUCACCAGCUGCCAUUGGUCGAAACUCUCAGGAACAGCUGGUCAGCGAUCACUGGUUUUCAGCACUUGACCUAUCAGAGGACCUGACUGUAUGCACCCACAUAGCAGUUAUGGACCUGAUCUACUGGAAGGACACAGAGCGCACAGGCAUGAUCCUGACAGGGUUAGUGGUCGGCCUGCUGUCCCUGUUCCAGCUCAGCGUUAUCACUGUGCUCUCCACCGUCUCCCUGGCUGUCAUGUGCUUCACCAUUUCAGUGCGCAUCUACUACCAAGUCCUCUACAUCCUCAACUGGGGCGAUGGAGAACAUCCCUUCAAGUCAUACUUGGACCUGGACAUCAGUUUCAGUGGAGAGGAAGCUGACCGGUAUAUGCAGAAAGCCAUUGUCAUGGCUCUGUCUGCUGUUGACUCUCUGAAGGGACUCUUUUUUGUUGGAAACCUCUUGGAGUCAAUCAAGUUACUGGUUCUGAUGUACCUUGUGACAUACCUGGGAGACCUGUGCAAUGGCCUUACUCUGCUCAUCAUCAGUGUGAUCGCUGUCUUUUCUCUGCCACUUUUCUACCAAAAACGCCAGGAGCAGGUGGACAUCUUCAUUGCAAAAAUCCAGGCCCACAUUGACAACGUCAAGGACACCUUCCACAGACUUUCCCAUGGUGGUGGCCCUCCACCUGACCCAACUCCCGGUGGUGCCAAACCCAAAACCCAGUAAACACUGAUGGACAAGAAUUUAAAGAAAAAGCUCCCACUCAGAUGUCUUACCCAGCAGUCUGUGCUCAGAUCUCCAGAGAACACAGCUCCAGAGACUGGGGAAGGGAGGUUACUUAAACGGACAAUGAUGAGGAUCAUGCAUGGUACUUUAUACUCUAACUGUAUCUAAGUUAUGGGGGGUGGAGGUUGGGGUUUGGGUUAAAACCUAAUCAAGGUGACUCUUGCUGCUGACGUCAGAGAUGGAAAGAUUCGAUGACACAGCUUGUCGUAUGUGACCAUCCUUGGAAAUAUUCACUGUUUUUAAUAUGUAAUAUCUGACUCAAAAAGUGUCUUAGAUGGUUGAGAGUUGUAGUCCAAAUCAGGUAUAAGACCAGAAAUGGGAAGUUCCCACACCGACAGCUACUUACCUGAGAAAGUCAGUUGUUAAGGUGAAAAACAGGGGUCAUCAUCAUUCAUGGCAGCAUAAAACUGGCAAUUAAAGAUGCAUGUGUCGGCACAUGUACUUUUUCUGAAUGCAUAUUCAUUCUCCUGACUGUGUGUGUGUGUGUGUGUGUGUGUGUGUGUGUGUGUGUGUGUGUAAAAUUCCAUGGCAUCCAGCUUUCUGAAAUGAAAAUGUUACAUACAAGCAAUUAAAGUCACAUCUCUUCUUUAUUUUCCAAAA